GUUACACUACACUGUUAUCCCAAAACCCAAGUUACACUACACUGUUAUCACAAAACCCAAGGUAGCAGCAAGCAACUGAGCAGAGCAGGAGCAAAGCUGAGCUGAAAGAUCCAUUAUCCCAGCAAUGGAGUUCUUGUCGCAGAUGUGGUCGCUCCUCGGCCUCCUCACCAUCCUGCAGAACGUCCUCCCCACGCAGCUCCUCACCCUACUCCACUCCUUCUGGCAAUCGCUCCAGGACUCGCUCACGCCCUACUCUUACUUCGACGUGCCGGAGUUCCUCGGCUCCGCUGCCGUCGAGCCCAACGCGCUCUACCGCCACGUCCAGCUCUACCUUCACCGCUCCCUGCUCCUGUCCUCCCCUUCGCCUCCCCGCCUCACGCUCUCGCUGCCGCGCUCCGUCACCGGCCAUGUCGGCGCGGCAGCCGCGCCGCCGUCAGUGUCGCUCUCCCCGAACCACUCGGUGCCCGACGCCUUCAAUGGCCACCGCGCCGUGUGGACGCACCAUGCCGACACGCUCCAGGACUCACUAGAGGAGCGCCGGUCCUUCUCGCUGCGACUCCCGAAGAGGCACGCCGCGGCGGUGCUCCCGGCGUACCUGGCGCACCUCGCGGCCGCGGCGGACAACCUGGAGCGCUCGUCCCGUGCGCGGAGGCUGCACACGAACGCCGCGUCCCCGCGCGGCUCGGCGUCGUGGUCGUCGGUGCCGUUCUGCCACCCGUCCACGUUCGAGACGCUCGCGCUGGACCCGGACCUCAAGGCGCGCCUCCUUGCCGACCUCACCUCGUUCGCGGACGGGAGGGAAUUCUACCGCCGGACUGGACGGCCGUGGAAGCGCGGGUAUCUCCUCCACGGCCCGCCCGGCUCCGGCAAGUCUUCACUCAUCGCCGCAAUGGCGAACCACCUCCGGUACGACGUGUUCGACCUCGAGCUCACCCGCGUCACCACCAACGCCGACCUCCGCGCGCUCCUCAUCCAGACCACCAACCGCUCGCUCAUCGUCAUCGAGGACAUCGACUGCUCACUCCACCUCACCGGCGACCGCGGCCUCCCCUCCAUGCGACGGCACAAGAGACGCCGCGCCCCAGCGGCCGCUUCCGACGACUCGUCCGACUCGGACGACGCCCGUGACGACGUUCUUGGAACAGACAGCCACCGAGGGAAGGUGACGCUCUCCGGGCUUCUCAACUUCACCGACGGCCUAUGGUCCUGCUGCGGCGAGGAGCGCGUCAUCGUGUUCACGACGAACCACGUGGACGGCAUCGACCCGGCGCUGCUGCGGCCGGGGAGGAUGGACGUGCACGUGCGCCUGGGCCCGUGCGGCGCGCACGCCAUGCGGGAGCUGGUGGACCGGUACGUGGGCGCCGUCGGCGACCAGGAAAUGCUCGACGCGGCGGAGGGCUGCAUCAGGGACGGCGCGGAGAUGACGCCGGCCGAGGUGGGAGAAGUGCUACUGAGAAACAGAGACGAGCCGGAGACGGCGGUGAUGGAGCUGGCAUCCGAGCUGAAGGCGAGGGUGAACGCGGCCGACGAGCUCCAGUGGGAGGACUCGGCGGCGGAACUCUCCGACGAGUCGCCGACGAAGAAAGGGAGGAAAGGGUUCGCCGGGUGGGAGGGCAAGGUUAGAAUCUUGGGAAGGCUUAGAAGCCUCACCAAGUCGGAGUCCGGCCGGCGAGGCGUGUAG